AGAGAGAGAGAGAGGCCUCGACGAGCGGACGAGGUAAUCGUUUAGCUCUGUUAUAUAAUAUAUACCCUAAAGGAAUGCAAAGGCAAAGAAGAUUGAUAGAACACUAUAGCUUUGCAGGCUUUGGUUUGCUUUGAUCUUCUCUCGGAAAACUUGACACCCCAGGUGGGGUGGGGUGUGGACAUGGGCGACGGUUGCUCUCUUAACAGUAACAAUAACGGUAGCGAUAACGAUAAUAUCAAUAAGAGUUGCAGUAUUAAUGCUAUUGGAGGAAGCAUGACUAAAAAGAAAACGAAGAAGAAGAAGAGUGGCGGUAAAAGGAAGAAGAUGACUGUGGAACAGAUUCUCGCUGCCAGAUAUGUGAACGAAUGGGUUUUUCUAGAUUCUAAUUCGGCUUCUACUGCAUCUUCUGUUGAUGAUUUUGGGGUGCAGAGUCAUACUAAGUUUUCUGAUAAGGUGGUGUUUGAACUGCAUUCUCAUUCGAUUUGUAGUGAUGGGUUCUUGUCUCCUUCGGUACUCGUUGAAAGAGCUCAUAGAAAUGGGGUGAAGGUACUUGCUCUCACUGAUCAUGAUACCAUGUCUGGCAUCCCUGAAGCCCUAGAAGCUGCUCACAAAUUUGGCAUCAGGAUCAUUCCAGGCGUUGAAAUUAGUACAAUAUUCUCUCCAAGAGGAGAGUCUGAAUCUGAGGAACCAGUUCACAUCCUUGCAUAUUAUAGCAGCUGUGGGCCCACAAAAUUAGAAGAACUAGAGAAUUGUUUGGCUAACAUAAGAGAUGGGCGUUAUAUCCGUGCAAAGAAUAUAGUUUCAAAGCUGAACAACCUCAAGAUGCCUCUUAAAUGGGAGCAUGUUGCCAGGAUUGCCGGGAAUGGAGUAGCUCCUGGAAGAUUGCAUGUGGCUCGUGCCAUGGUUGAAGCAGGGCAUGUGGAGAAUCUGAAGCAAGCCUUUAACCGAUAUCUAUAUGAUGGUGGACCUGCCUACUCUACCGGUAAUGAACUACUUGCAGAGGAAGCAGUGGAACUGAUAUGUCGGACAGGAGGUGUGGCAGCUUUAGCUCAUCCCUGGGCCUUGAAGAAUCCUGUUGCAGUUAUCAGGAGGCUGAAAGAUGCAGGGCUUCAUGGAAUAGAAGUUUACAGAAGUGAUGGAAAACUGGCAACAUUCAGUGACUUGGCAGACUCCUAUGAACUUUUGAAGCUUGGAGGAUCUGACUUCCAUGGUAGAAGAGGUCAAGAUGAGUCUGACUUGGGAAGUGUGAAUCUUCCUGUGUUAGCUUUGCAUGAGUUCCUUAAGGUGGCUCGCCCUAUUUGGUGCAGUUCAAUCAAGGAAACACUGCAGAGUUUCGCUGAAGAACCAUCAGAUUCAAACCUAGAGAGGAUUGUGAAGUUUGGGGAGAUCAGAUUUCUUAAGGGUGGUUUGACUUCAAACUGUGACAAGGAUUUACUUGAUCUAUGCCUCUCCUCCUGGUUGACAAAUGAAGAGAGACAAACAAUUGAUGUUGAGACCCUCAGGUUGAAGCUUUCCCAGACUAACAUAAAUCAGAGAAGCAUUCAGUGUUCAAAUAUAUUAGAUUUACAUCACUCCGGAUCUCCACAAGACACCACUGCCGUGUAUUGGGAACAUCUCUCAUGAAUGACGAGGGAUAUAUUCCCAAUGUGCGCUUGUAGUAUUUGUGGGUAUUGAAGUUGGAACAGCUUGUGGGUAGGAGAUCUGAGCUUUUCUUCCCUAUAUAGCACAUCUGCACAAGUGCACGUACUGAAAGGAUCCGUUGUGGGUUAAACAAAAUUUACGUCCAUUUCAGGGUUUCAAGGAAUGAUGAUCUCAGUAUUUUCUUGUGUUGGUGAGAAUUGCGGAUUCAAACAAGGUCCAAGGUAUCAAUAAGAUAUGGAUCCUUUUCUAAUUCUGAGGGGUAUGUAUGAUACACCCAUUUGAUUUUGACGCAUCAAGCUCAUUACACCAUCCUUUGUACUAGCUCCAUACGGAUUAGCCAUCUGAUAACAAGUGUUUUUGGUGGCAUUUUUGUUUACCUCAAAUCUGGAAUAUCUCCCUAUAAAUGACAACAUGCAAGUAUGGGAGAUGCCUCCAAUGAGGCUAUAGGUCCUACCCACAAGAACUCUACCACAGUUGUACAUUUGGAACAUCUCUCUAUGAAUGACAACAUACUAAGUGUGGGAGAUGCUCAUAAUGUGUGGCUAUAGUUUCCAUUCUCCUGUGGGUAGGAGAUCCGAACACAUCAAUUACUGGGUUUUCGAUCUUUUGAAUUUUCAAAAUUUAUGGGGUUUCUUGAGUCCAAUUGCAACUACAAGUCGGUGGAUUGCAGUUACAUGUCUGAUUGGGGGAGACCGAUAACAUUAAUUCACUGAUUUUUACCUUAAAUGCUUCUCAUUCAAGGUAAGGCUCGAUAUAUAUAGUAUUAUCAUGUUGUUGCGAACUUGCUCAA